GAUGAUUUCGAUUCGAUAUAUACGCGCAGGGCACAGUCUUGCAUGGACCAUAGCCUGCUCGCAGUAUCUCUUUGUAUCGAGUUCAUUUAACUGUGUCCAUUGUGCCCUCGGUGGUAUUCUAAUAUAUUUAGCUAGCGAAGACAAGGAUCCGUGGAGUCGCAACGAAUUCGUGGUAGACAUCAAGUGACACACCGCAGGGCCAGAUGCUCAUCGUAGCUGAGGCGGCCUGAUUUUUUCAUGUCAUGGGGACAUUCACCGCAUUGUACGCGCUCCUUUCUGUUCUUUUUGCAUCUGCUGCUGUUUUCGAUCAGCCGCCGCCUCAGGAUGUGCUCGGAAGACCCACCGUUGAUACUCUAGAUCACCGCGACGCUUACAUAGAGGAGUUGCUUGCUACCCACGCGGAUGAUCCUGUACAAGUUAUGCGUCUUCUAGAUCCUGAUAACGCGUCAGAACUAGAUGCGCCACGGUUGUUGCAAGUUUUCGGGGCCGAGGCAGUAUGGAUGACCGAGGGCGACAAACUACGUCUUCGACAGCAGGGCCUCGGGUUCAUCGACCUCACCGAUCAUCAGAAUUUGCACGCAUGUCACCGGUCUGCUGAAACAACAUGGCCUGAAUUACGAUAUCAAGAGAAGGUGACCUCCGUCACCAAGCUUCUCAGCAAGGACGAGAUGAAGAGAAACUUGAGAAACUUAACUUCGUUCCACAACCGGUAUUAUCGCUCGGAGCUUGGUGUCAAGAGUUCACGCUGGUUGUACAACCAGAUUCUGGACAUUGUCUCUGCUGCCCCUCCUGGUGUCCGUCUCUCAGUCGAGACGUUCACUCACGUAUUCCCUCAGCCUAGCAUCAUUGCUCGCUUUGAGCCGUUCUUUGGACGUGCUUCUCCUAAUCCGACGAUAGCCCUUCCUCGCAUCAUCGUUGGCGCUCACCAAGACUCCGCAAAUUACCGCUUCCCUUUACUCCCUGCACCUGGAGCAGACGAUGAUGGUUCAGGAACGGUCACAAUCCUCGAGGCGUUCAGAGCCCUUGUCCAAUCUGGAUUCGCGCCAGAACGUCCGGAAGAAGGUGGAUUAUUAGGAAGUCAGGAGGUUGUGUCCGAGUACAAGCAAUUAAAGAAGGAAGUAGGCGCCAUGAUUCAGUUUGACAUGACUGCAUAUGUACCAAAGGGAGAAGUUCCCGUUGUGACAUUUAUCUCGACGGACGUCGAUUCGAAUCUGACGAACUGGACGAUGGCGCUUGCAGAAGAGUACAGUGCAUCUGUUGUAGGCAGCGCAAAGCUCUUUGCUGGUGCAGGCUCAGACCACAUGUCAUGGUACCGAGCGGGGUACCCUGCCAUAUUUGCGGCGGAGGGCGAUCCGUUCAGGACGUUCAACCCGUACAUCCACACUUCAGGAGACAAGAUAGACCUUGCCGACGGAGAGUUUUCAUUUGAGCAUGCUCUCGAAUUCGCAAAAGUUGCUGUUGGCUUCGUUGUUGAGCUCGGUGGAUGGGCUGAAUAACUUGGUAGAGAUGAUGUCAUAGCUACCAAUGCUGAGACUUCCUCACAUUGAGGCGACGCAGCUCUUAAAUUUUUUCACAUAUAUAUUUCCUGUAGACUGAUUGUUCGCGUACUUGAGGAUAUGAGCACUUCAGCACUGGCACACGUCACGUUCGAAGCAAAGCUUGCUUCAGCU